GGCAUCCGACAUAUCGCAGCGCCUAAUUGAUAUGAGGGCCUGCAUUAACAAGGCUGUCACAUCAUUCUCGAGGCAGCGAUUUUGACACUUCUUCACGCAAUUCAGUCUUCAGUGCAAGCCGAACUCUCAAGACUUCCGCGGGCUCCUGCUGAGCACGUCUACGUUACAGCAAAGUCAGAGUGCCUCGAAGGUACACGGGAGAAGAUACAGGCAUCUAUAGUCGGACUUCUGCGGAAACCAGAGAGCAGAUUCAUCUGGCUGCGAGGCUCGCCCGGAAUGGGGAAGACUGCGAUUUGCCUGAGCAUUGCGUCCUACUUCAAGAACCAGGGCACCCUAGCUGCAUCUUUCUUUUGGGAUAAGAAUCAAUCGGGAACGGGACUUGAUUCUAUUAAACAGUUUCCCUCCACUCUUGCAUAUCAACUCGCGUCCUUCAAUGAGGAGUUCAAGCUCUCACUUGUCAAACAUCUUCGGCAGCGAGAUUUUGAGCUGGUGCAGAAUCUCCCUCUAGAGAAGCAAAUGAUGGCUCUGGUUGUUGAGCCUAUGGUCGAUCUCAAGGAUUUACUGUUAUCGAGCAAGGAACGCUUCAUCAUUAUCUUAGAUGGCUUGGACGAGUGUGGGGAUCAGGAUGCACUUGGGACCUUGAUGAAGCUUGUGCUAAUGCUUAGCACUUUGCCUCCUACAUUUACUGUGUUGGUCAGUUCUCGCCCAGAACGGCAGGUUAUCUCAGCAUGGGUCGAUGCUGAGGGUAGAGGUUUCAACGUCCCAUGCGAAGAUGUUGAUAAGAUUGGAGAGGAGACUUUCCACACAGUCCGUUGUAUGGUAGAGGAGGGCCUUCAGGGUUGUGUGGAGGAUUCUGUGUGGAAGCCGUCAAGGAAGGAUUUUGAUACCUUUGCUUCGGCUUGCCGUGGAUUGCCUGUUAUGGCCUCAAUUCGCAUACGUGAUAUCUGUGGUCAGACCCAACGUGGUUCUACUCUCUGGUCGGAGUUUGAGUACUUUCGCGAUCUUACGGAUGCACCACUUGACCUGAAGUCGGAGUAUUUACGAAUACUGCGGCGAGCGUAUAUGUCCGAUCAAUCCAGUAUUCGUCCUCGUGUGAUUGAGAAUUACCGCCAAGUGAUUGGGACGAUGAUUGCCGCAUAUUGGUCACUCAGUUUAUCUUCGAUGUCGCAGUUACUAGGAGUGGCUGAGGAUGAAAUCCGUGCAACCCUGGAUCCAAUCAGUUCAAUUGUAUCAUUUCCCCGGCGAGAAUCAUUGUACCACCGCUACCCGAAGAUAUCAUUGUCCCACGAUCCCUUCGAGGAAUCAUUGUCCCAUGAUGGUCCGCUAUAUCCCAAAUUCUAUCAUGCAACGGUGCAGGAACUCCUUACUGGUCACUCAAAUGGUCAUAAAAGUGAUCGACCUUUCUUCAUCAGUGAUUCAAAGGGGUAUUUCUUGGGGUUGCCACUCCUCUGACUUGUCAAUAACGUCAUCAAACAGAAUGAACCCAAAAUACACCCUCUAGGAGAUCCUGAGAAGUGGAAAGGGUUCACAAGCAAGGAGCAACCCCAGCAUGUUCAAUAUGCUUUCCGCUACUUGUUCUGCCACUUGGACCCAUCGAAGCUGUCCUCACAAAAUCCCAAUGAACUCUUGAGUGGGUUUGACACCCUUCUCAAGUGAAACUUACUUUCGUUCAUUGCGCUGUCAGGAGUUAAUUUCGA